AUGAGUGCUCAAGCUGUUCCAAAGUGGUUCCCAUCUGAAGAUGUUUCUGCCCAAAAGAAGACUAGAAAGGCUAUCCGUCCACAAAAAUUACGUGCUUCUUUAGUUCCAGGUACUGUUUUGAUCCUAUUAGCUGGUCGUUUCAGAGGUAAGAGAGUUGUUUACUUGAAGCACCUAGAAGACAACACUUUGUUGAUCUCUGGUCCAUUCAAGGUCAAUGGUGUUCCAUUGAGAAGAGUUAAUGCUCGUUAUGUCAUUGCCACUUCUACUAAGGUUGCUGUCGACUCUGUUAAUGUUGACAAAUUCAAUGUUGAAUACUUUGCUAGAGAUGCUAAGUUAACCAAGAAGGAAAAGAAAGAAGCUCAAAUGUUCCCAGAAAACACUUCCAAGGAAAUUAAAACUGAAAGAAUUGAAGAUCAAAAGAAUGUCGACAAGGCUCUAUUAGCUGAAAUCAAGAAAACUUCUUUACUAAAGCAAUACUUGGCUACUUCUUUCUCCUUGAAGAAUGGUGAAAAGCCACAUAUGUUAAAGUUCUAA